ACAACAGCACACUAUUUUAUUAAUUUUGACUUCUGUGAAUAAUUUUUAGUAUUUUUGAGAUCAAAACCAAGCAUGUUUUAUUCCGCUUAUAGGUCACGUGAUACAGGCCCAUUCUGAGGCGGUGACAUAACCUCAAUCUCAAUUUUUGACUCGAGUAUCGAAAAGUCAAAAUUGUGCAAAAUUGCAACAUUAUUUUAUACAUUAACCGGUUGAGGCGAGAAAGAAUAAAUACAAAAAGAAGAAACGAACAGGGGGGCGAAGCCUUAUUUACCUUGAGAGAUUUCCAGCGAAAUUCAUAAAGUGUUGUGAUACCUUACCUUGUAAUCUCUUGCCUUUGGUUGCAUUAUACAGAAAGGUCUGCCAACCCUAAAAUCAUAAGAUGGCCUUAAAACAUGAUUGAUUGGUGUUUAACGAUGUGGCGUAAAAACGCGACCCCAAGGGUCAUCAAAACCCUAACCACACUCAACCGUCGUGCCUCCCAAGCAGCCCAAACUAAAACCCCCGAAAUCCAGAACCAAACGGACAUCCUUACCAUAAGACCCAAUGAAAAAAUCCACGGUUUCAUAGUAAAAAAAGUGAAAGAUAUCCCGGAAUUCCGCAUUAGAGCCAUUUACCUGGAACAUGAAAAAACUAAAGCGGAAUAUUUGCAUCUAUAUAGGGACGACAACAACAAUUUGUUUUCGGUGAAUUUCAGAACGACUCCCAAGGACAGCACCGGAUCCCCGCACAUUUUAGAGCAUACGGUCCUGUGCGGCUCCAAAACCUUCCCCGUGAGAGAUCCCUUCUUUAAAAUGUUAAACAGGUCUCUAGCCACCUUUAUGAACGCGAUGACAGGGUCGGAUUAUACGAUUUACCCGUUUAGCACGCAAAAUUAUUCGGAUUUUCGGAACUUGCAACGCAUUUAUUUAGACGCCGUGUUUAAUCCGGUGUUGAGCGAGCCGGAUUUUAUGCAAGAGGGCUGGCGACUGGAACAUGCGGACAUAAACAACCCUAAAUCCGACCUGCUUAUUAAAGGGGUGGUGUACAACGAAAUGAAAGGGGUGUUUUCGGAGAACGAGAACAUAUUUUGUCAAAAAUUGCAAAACUCCAUUAUGCCCGACCAUACUUACGGAGUAAUCUCCGGGGGGGACCCCAUGGUCAUCCCCAACCUAACCUGGGAGAGACUCAAACUGUUCCAUAAGGAACACUAUCACCCGAGCAAUUGCCGGUGUUUCUCUUACGGGAACUUCCCUUUGAUGCCCUCGUUGGAAUAUAUUAACGAGGAGUAUUUUACUAAAUACGCAUACUCCCAACCGACGAACACGGUGGUCCCUAAGCAAAAACGCUGGCUGGAACCUAAAAGGGAACACAUAACCUCCAGGUUCGAUCCUAUGGGGGAAAGUUUCGAGAAGCAGAACACUAUUGCCAUCGCCCUAUUAUUAUCGGAUUGUACGGACGUUUACGAGACAUUUUUGAUGCAGUUUAUAACUGAAUUAUUAGUGAAAGGUCCGAACUCUGCCUUUUAUAAGACCCUUAUCGAGCCAAACUUUUCAAGCGGUUUCACCCCUUCGACCGGAUUGGAUGCCAGUUGUCGCGACACAGUUUUCACCCUAAGCCUAAAAGGGUUGAAAGUCGAGGACUUUGAAAGGGUCGAGGACACUUUUAAUAGAACCAUUAAUGACGUGAUCAAAAAGGGUUUCAAUCAGGAGCACGUGGAAUCGGUGCUGCACAGCUACGAGUUGUCGCUGAAACAUGAAACCAAAAACUUCGGGUUGAAUUUGUUGUUCGGUUUGACCGCCUUGUGGAAUCAUUCCUCGGAGGUGUUCGCUGCCCUAGAGGUCAACGGUUUGAUCGAGAAACUGAGAACGGAAAUGAAAAAUGAUCCUAAAUACUUGCAAGAGACGGUGAGGAAGUAUUUUAAGCAGAAUCCUCAUAGGUUGGUGCUCACCAUGUCGCCUGAUAUGGAGUACGAAGGGAAACUCGAGAAGGAAGAGGCGGAACUUAUAAGGAAAAAAGUGAAAUCCUUAGGAGAUAAGGAGAGAAAAGAUAUAUUUGAAAAAGGGAAACUGUUAAAGAGCUUACAGGAGGCCCCGCAGGACACCAAUUUGCUCCCCACUCUGGUUAUGGACGACAUCAGUUCCACCAUAGAAAAAGUCAAUAAGGUCAACGUGAGCAUUAAUAACGUAUCCACCCAAAUUCACAACGUAAACUCAAACGGUUUGGUUUACUUUAAAUCGGUGAUUAAUACGAGCGAUUUGUCGCAGGAGCAGCAAAUGCUUUUGCCCCUGUUUUGUUAUAUUAUCAAUAAAAUGGGCACGGACAAGAUGAAUUAUAAGGAGUUCGAUAAUUUGGUGAACAGGAAGACCUCUGGGUUGAAUUUUAACGUGCAUAUCGCGGAUAGUUUGUAUCAUCUGCAUACUUAUGAGCCGGGUAUUGUUUUGUCCAGUCAUUGUUUGGAGAAAAACGUGGAUGGGAUGUGGGAGGCAUGGGCGCAGCUGUUGAAUAUAACCAGGUUGGAUGAUGUUGACAGAUGUAGAAUGCUGGCUCAACUGUACAUGGCGAAUCUCACCCACGGUAUCACCGAUUCCGGACACAGUUACGCCAUGCAAGCGGCCUCCAGCCUGGUAUCCGGAUCCGCUUAUCAAGUGGAACUCCUGUCCGGACUACAGCACAUUUCCUACAUGAAAAGACUGAUCCAGACCUCGAAUUAUAAGGCGAUGCUAAGGGAAAUCUUGGAUAUUGCCAGGCUGUUGUUCGAUAAGAAAAAAAUGAGGGUGGCCCUAAAUAUAUCCCCAGACACCCAAUCGACGAUUCUCCGUUCAUACGAGAACUUCCUCAUGGGACUCCCGGGUAGCAACAAGACAAUCGGCCAAGAAAUCCGCGAUAACGCCUACAUCGUGGGAAAGAUCUGGGCCCCCACGGACUCCGUGAACUGUCAGCACCACAUCCUAAACGUCCCCGUGAAUUUUUGCAGUAAAGCGGUACUGACGACCCCGUACACCCAACCCGAUCAUGCCGCCCUAAAAGUCUUGGCGAAAUGGCUCUCGGCUAAAUAUCUACAUCCCGAAUUGCGUGAGAAACGGGGGGCCUACGGGGCCGGGGCUCGCCUUAUGCCCGACGGCGUUUUCUCCUUUUUCAGCUACCGAGAUCCCAAGAGUCUCGAGACCUUGGACGUGUUCGAUGACUCUUUUAACUGGAUCAAGGAGCACGUGCACCAGCUGAAAAGUCAGGAGUUGACCGAGGCUAAAUUGGGGGUUUUUCAGGCGGUGGAUGCGCCCAUACCGCCCGGCGCCAAGGGUUGCGACGAUUUCUUAAAAAGACUGACCGCGGACGUGUUGCAACGACACCGGGCCGAUAUUAUGGCCGUCGAUCAGAAAGGGAUGGAAAUAGUCGCCGAGAAGUAUUUCGGGGAUCAGAACAUUUUGAAGUCGGGCAAAGUGAUUUUGGGACCGAAGAACGAGACGGAUAUGAGCGCGAGGAACAGCGAGAUUUGGACCGUGGUCGAUAGUGCUUAGUUGGACUUUUUGUUGUUUUGUUUGUACUGAAUAAAUUUGUGAUUUUAUUAUUUUU